CCGGCGGGGCCUGGUGGCAGUUUUGUCCAACGCAUGUCCCGGUGGCGACACGUGGAUCGACGAGUACCUUUGCCUGAAUGCGACGGUGACGCCUAAUGCAAGGAAGGUCAGAUAUGGAUUUCAACUGACGGAGCCUAGCUCCAGGGUGUCAUGGUCCGUGAACACUCGGGCUAAUAAUGUGCGUCAUGUAUCCUUGAGCCACAACUUCACACUUGUGGCUUCGGUGACCAUCGAAGAGACUCCGAGUGGGAGCUCUCCUCUACUGACUGCGACGUUGGCGGACGCCAAUUUCAAUCAUACCAUGGGACUGUCGUAUACGGCGGAUAAGAAGUGGGGGACGUGGCUCAAAGGCAAGAAAACAACACAGAGCGGCCGUUGGGAGCCGAAGAAGGGAUACCAAGUGGCACUCAUGCUGCAAGGCAAAAAGGCCUCUGUGUACAUUGAUGGUACGUUUCUGAGGCAGGAAGAGGUGCCGUUAACGGGUGAGGCGCCACUUGAGCUUGUACGCUUUUGCUUUGGCGCGUGCGGUGAGGAUGCCGGCCAGAAAACUAAGGUGACGGUGAAAAACGUCUUCCUGUACAACCGCCCACUGAAUUACACCGAGAUAAAUGCACUCAAGGACAAGGCCCACACUUUGAAUGGCCCGGGGGGAGCACUGGCGGGGUGGGCAGCUCUGGAGGGAGCUGCCGCCAGAGAACAUGCGGCUGUGGUGGGCUUGACAUCUGCUGGGAGCGGACUGCUGCCGCUGCUUCUUCUUCUGUUGGGACUGUGGGGCUUUGCGGCUGCGUGA